GGGGCCAUGAGGAGGAAUCACUAAGAGAGAGAAAGAGAGAGACUCAUCUUCAUCAUCAUCGUCUUGGAGGACUCGGUGACUAGAUUAGACUAGAGAAAAGCCCCAAAGAAGAACCCAAGCAGCGGCUUCGAACCUCCGCCGCCGCUCCGCCGAUCCAGCAGCCGCGCGGUGGAAGCAGCGACUCAUCACCGGAUCCGAGCGCGCAACUCCGGGCCGCUCCGAGGCGUCCGAAACCUCACCCUCACCCCCACCCACCCCCCGCUCCGGCUCCGUCCAACUCCGGCGGAGUCCGGAAGGUGUCGGCGGGCGAGCCCCAGCAUGGGUUGCGUGGCCAACUCCGCCGGGACUGACGUGCUAGUGCAGCUGGAGGCUCUCCGCACCGCCGCGCAACUUUCUCAACUCUUCCGAAGAAAGUUUUAUUAUAAAAGUGUCCGGGACAUUGAAGCAGGGGAGGAGCUUUUAGUUUAUAUGAAGGACGGCAUUUUCCCGGAGGGAUCCAUGGCGCCCAACUUACAAGAUGAGCAGAUGUACCGCUGUGAAGACUGCGAUGAGCUGUUCUCCUCGACGCUGGAGUUGCGGCGGCACCAGAAGUACUCGUGCACCAGUGCAGGCUCCAUCUUUGACACCCUGAGAGAAGACUUCAAGCAGGAGCGGGAGGACAGCGAUGAGCCCGUCCAUGAGUGUAAAGACUGUGAGAAGAUCUUCCCAAAUGAAUACAGUCUGGGCCAACACAUGAUAGUCCACACGGAGGAGAGGGAGUACAAAUGUGACCAGUGUCCCAAAGCCUUCAACUGGAAGUCCAACCUCAUCCGUCACCAGAUGUCACAUGACAGCGGCAAGCGCUUUGAGUGUGAAAAUUGUGAUAAGGUACAGCACACCCGGCACGUGUUCACAGAUCCCAGCAACCUACAGCGUCACAUCCGCUCCCAACAUGUGGGGGCGAGAGCUCAUACUUGUCCUGAAUGUGGAAAGACCUUCGCCACCUCAUCAGGGCUCAAACAGCAUAAGCACAUCCACAGCAGUGUCAAACCUUUUAUCUGCCCUGAUGGGCUGCGUCUUCUUGUACCCCCAGGUGAGGUGUGCCACAAAUCCUACACCCAGUUCUCCAACCUCUGUCGCCACAAGCGCAUGCACGCUGACUGCCGCACUCAGAUAAAGUGUAAAGACUGUGGCCAGUUGUUCAGCACUACCUCUUCCCUAAACAAGCACCGCCGCUUUUGCGAGGGCAAAAACCAUUACGGCUCUCCAACGGGGAUGUUCAAUCCCGGCAUCCCCAUGAGCUCCAGCCCUAUCAUUGCUAAGGCUAAGUCCCACCACCCCCACCUUACUGGUCUGAACCAGUCAGGUUUAGGCUUCACUGACUACUUUCCUUCCAGACCUCACCCUCAUGCUGGCUUGCCCUUCUCGCCAGGACCUCAUGGGUUCCCAUCCCUCCCUCACGGUUUCCCAGGCAUCUUUCCCCCCUCGCUUUAUCCACGACCGCCCUUAUUGCCGGCGAGUUCUAUGAUGAAGACGCCCCUUGGCAGCAGCACUCAAGAGGUCAAGCUCCCUCAGAGUCCUCUAGACGGCCCUCCUUUGUCCAUGGUUAGCUCCACAAACAGUAAUGGAGGCAACAGUAAAAGCCUGGCUGAGGACAAAGAUAGCGAGACUAAACUGGAUUUCUCCUCUGGUGGAGAGGCAAAACCCAAAUCCAAGAUGGCAGACAUUUCAGAUGGCAGCGACCUCGAAGACGUCAAUACCACAAGCGGAACGGAUUUGGACACCACAACUGGUACGGCUUCAGGCGAUGGUUCCGACUUGGAGAGCGAUGGAGACAGUGAACGUGAGCGCAACGGCAAAAGGAGGAAGUCAUCCGUGGCCCUAUCAAAUCAAGAUGGACACCGCUUAGACGACACCAACAGCACAGUCUUACCAGCUGUGUCCAGUUCAGGCAAUCUCUCCAUCGAUCGUCCCUUUUUGUCCUCUGCAUCAACGCACCACUCUUUUUUCCCUCCUCUUGAUGAGCAAGCGCUCCCGCCCACCACCAUGAAUCCUAACGCGGCCACUGAUUCCAUCAAAGCCAUUGCCUCUAUUGCUGAGAAAUACUUUGGUCCAGGUUUUAUAGGCCUCCAUCAAGAGAAGAAGAUGGGUCCAUUGCCCUACCACUCCAUGUUUCCCUUCCAGUUCCUACCCAAUUUCCACAACUCCCUUUACCCAUUUAGCACAGAUCGAGGUGCCCUCACCUCUGGCCUGUUCUUUAAGGGGGAGCCUAAGUCACCUUGUGAGCAACUGCAUAAGAUGGUUUCUGGUGCUCUUGGUGCUGCACCGGCUCCGACGGGAGAAUCACCAUUUGAUCUCAGCACAAAGCCCAAGGAGAGCAAGUUAUCUCCUCCAUCUCCUACUAAACCCUCAAAUCCAAACACUAAUACUGGGAGCAGCAGCGGUCCUUCAGUAAUAUCAAGCGGUGAAGAACAACCGCUGGACCUCAGCAUUAACAGCCGAAGCCGAGUGGGUCACAAUGGCAUGGCGGCCGAACCCCACGGUCAAAACAACCACGUCUACAGAGUUGGAAAAGGGGUGUCGAUCAAGGAUGAAGCUCUCGGCUUUCCACAUGCCCAUUCCCAGUCACUGCACCAGUCCCCUAUGGCACCUCACCAGCAACCGCAAGCACAUCCACACCAACCGCCGCCUCUACACUACGCCAAACCCUCCGCCUUCUUCAUGGACCCCAUUUACAGCAGGGUGGAGAAGAGGAAGCUACUUGACCCUGUAGGAGCUCUGAAGGAGAAGUUCCUUAGGCCCUCACCUCAACUUUUUCAUCCACAGAUGUCUGCCAUGGAGAGCAUGACAGAAAAACUGGAGAGCUUCGGUGCCCUAAAACUGGACGUCCCGCCCAACUCGCUGCAGCAUUCGGCUCACCCACUCUUCAACUUCCGCUCGCCCCCGCCUUCACUCUCGGAAGCAAUCCUGCGUAAGGGCAAGGAGCGCUAUGCCUGCAGGUACUGUGGGAAAAUCUUCCCCCGCUCGGCAAACCUCACCAGACACUUGCGAACGCAUACAGGCGAACAGCCAUACAGGUGUAAGUACUGUGACCGCUCAUUCAGCAUCUCGUCCAACCUGCAACGCCACGUUCGCAACAUCCACAACAAGGAGAAACCCUUCAAGUGUCACCUGUGCAACCGCUGCUUCGGUCAGCAAACCAACCUGGACCGCCAUCUCAAGAAGCACGAGCAUGAGAACAUUCCUGUGAGCCAACAGUCUGGGAUGCUUUCCAACUUAGGAACCACCGUCUCCUCGCCAAACUCCGAGCCAGACAAUCAUGCACUUUUAGAUGAGAAGGAGGACUCGUACUUCUCAGAAAUCCGUAACUUCAUUUCCAACAGUGAGAUGAACCAGGCCUCCAGCUCUACGGACAAGAGACCUGACCUGGCCGACGCAGACGGGCACCACCCGGGGGGCCGCACCUUGUCCAACUCCAAGCUGGCCCUUCAGGGCCUGGAGGAGGAGGAAGACGAAGCGGAGGGCGACGACGAGGAGGAGGAGGAAGGCAGCCUGACGGAGAAGUCCCACGACGAGGCGCCCGAAUCCCCGUCUCCCGUCGCGGCGCGUGUGUAUGAAGAAGAGGAGGACGAGGAAGAGGCCGCUCCUUUAUCGAUGAGCUACGAACACUCUCGCAGGUGUUUAGAGGAGGACGGCCCCCUCCUGGACCUUGAAGGUCUUUCCAGCUUCCCCAAGGGCCUGGAAGGCUUACGUAAAGCAUCCGGCGACGAGCAACAUUUUGACGCCAAAGACAUGUUUAGCGCUUCGCUAGAGUCGGACACCUUCAAAGAGACCUUGUACAGGCAGGCUAAGACGCAGGCUUAUGCAAUGAUGCUGUCUCUCUCGGACAACAACCCUUUGCACGCGCCCUCCCAGAACUCUCUGGACGCUUGGCUGGGCAUGGGAGGCGGACCGUCUGAGACGAGCAGCUUUCACCCGCUCAACCACAUCUAGAAGAAGAGAGAGCGAGGAGGUCGGCGUACAGGAGGCGUAGAGUUGGACAUGAGUAGUGAGACGACUUGAAGAGCGGAGAUUUCACGCGGUCGAGGUGUGUGUGAGAGAAAUGUGUGUGUGUGUGUGUGUGUGUGUGAGAGAGAGAGCUAGGAGAGAGACAGAGACUCAAUAAGAAAGCACUGCUAAAGCUCCUGUUGAUGUGAAGGACAUAGACGACGAACGCUUCUCGGAUCCUCCCCAAGUCCAAAACACCCCAACAAGUGUCCCCUGGGCACCGUAGAGGGUCACGUGACACUUAAAUGACUGCCCUGUCACUAAAGGCCCAGUGUGUGUGUGUGUGUGUGUGUGUGUGUGGGUGGGUGGGUGGGUGUGGGUGUGUGUGUGGGUGUAAGAAGAAAAAAAGCACUGCAGCAUUAGGACUGCAUGUCCACAAGAGGGUGCUGUUUCACACCAAGUGACACUAAAGAGGACACUUUUGGCUCCUCCUCCUCCUCCUCCUCCUCCUCCAUCCCCUUUAUCGAUCACUUGUGACUGCAGAAUCAGCAACAGAACCACGGGAAAUGAACACACACAAAUUGAGUGGUUUUUUUCCAACUUGAUCAUCCACGAAUCACCUUGAGGACCCCCCCCCCCCCCAACCCACCCCCCUCUUCAUCAUCUCAUGUCACUCAAAAGAAAAACAAAUGAUUUCCUUUGCAUAGACGCCACAGUAUUGUUUCAUUUGUAGGCACCCGCCGUGCUAAAUUAUUAAUAUAAUUGUUUUAGACAAGGACCAAAAUUGUACAUGAUAAUGUCAUAUAGUAGGUGUAGCGAGGGUGACAUGUGCCAAAAUAACCCGUAGAAAAUGUUUUGUUUUUGUUUUUCUGACAAUCAUUUCAGUUCCAUUUUUUUUUUUUUUUUUUUUUUGCUCCAAUAUAUUUGAUUUCACAAGUGUGUGUGUAAUGUAUUUAUUUCAUUAUUCUUCUUUCCGGUGGAACAGACAUCAGACGGAGCGAGAUGGAGAUUUAAAAUCUUCGUUUUCGGCCGUGCCAUAAUAAGGGGCGGUAAUGAUGACAUUUUUUUUAUUUAUAGUGGAAGAUAGUUUUAGGUCCUCUUUGGCACUGUUGUGUUUUGUUUUUCUGUCCCAUUUCACCCGCUAUAAAGUAUUACUUGGGGGGUGCGGGGGGAUCAGCCUUGAAGCCAGCGUUGAUGACAUCACACUAGAGCAGUGGUUCUCAAACUUUUCUCAAGUACCACCUAAAAAAAAAGCACUUGGCUCUCCAAGUACCACCAUAAUGACUGACAGUAAAGUACAGUAGCGUAGUAGGCUCAAGUACUCAUAAAAAACAAGGUAGAAGUUUUACAUAAUAAGUACAUUUAAUAUUUUUGCUCAUUGUAACAUCACACACAUUUUGAACAGUAACACUGAAUUUGACUAUAAGUAAAGUAAAGUGAACUGAAUUAUAUUUAUACAGCGCUUUUCUCUAGUGACUCAAAGCGCUUUACAUGGGGGAAACCCAUUAUCUAAGUCAGUGUUUUUCAACCUUUUUUGAGCCAAGGCACAUUUUUUGCGUUGAAAAAAUGCGGAGGCACAACACCAGCAGAAAUCAUUAAAAAAAACGAAACUCAGUUGACAGUAAAAAGUCGUUGUCGCAAUUGUCGGAUAUGACUUUAAACCAUAACCAAGCAUGCAUCACUAUAGCUCUUGUCUCAAAGUAGGUGUACUGUCACCACCUGUCACAUCACGCUGUGACUUAUUUCAAGUUUUUAGCUGUUUUCCUGUGUGUAGUGUUUUAGUUCUUGUCUAGUGCUCCUAUUUUGGUGGCUUUUCCCCUUUUUUUGGUAUUUUCCUGUAGCAGUUUCAUGUCUUCCUUUGAGCGAUAUUUCCCGCAUCUACUUUGUUUUAGCAAUCGAGAAUAUUUCAGGUGUUUUUAUCCUUCCUGGUGGGGACAUUGUUGAUUGUCAUGUCAUGUUCGGAUGUACUUUGUGGACGCCGUCUUUGCUCCACAGUAAGUCUUUGCUGUCGUCCAGCAUUCUGUUUUUGUUUACUUUGUAGCCAGUUCAGUUUUAGUUUCGUUCUGCAUAGCCUCCCCUAAGCUUCAAUGCCUUUUUUUUAGAGGCACUCAUCUUUUUGUUUAUUUCUGGUUUAAGCAUUAGACACCUUUUUACCUGCACACUGCCUCCCGCUGUUUCCGACAUCUACAAAGCAAUUAGCACCGGCUGCCACCUACUGAUACGGUUACUCUGCCGAGCUCUAGAUAGCACCGACACUCAACAACAACACAUAAUUUGCAGACUAUAAUUACUGGUUUGCAAAAAAUAUUUUUAACCCAAAUAGGUGAAAUUAGAUCAUCUCCCAUGGCACACCAGACUGUGUGGUUGAAAAACACUGAUCUAAGUUACAGUUAAACCAGUGUGGGCGGCACUGGGAGCAGGUGGGUAUAGUGUCUUGCCCAAGGACACGACGACAGUGACUAGGAUGGCGGGAGCGGGGAUCGAACCUGGAACCCUCAAGCCGGAAAACAAAGGAAAAUAAAACAUAUGUAAAUAGGAAACUAAAACUUGAACAAGUUUGAGAAUCACUGCACUAGUACACACUUCCCUAGCAAAGGUAAACAAGCUGUCCAGACCCAACAGUGCACCUUUUUGCUGCUUAAACGGGCAUUAGACCUUCAUACAUCCAAACUGUAGCACAAACUUAUUCCGUGUCGCUAAUGAGUUACUGCAUAAAGUGUAGAUUCGUGUAGAUGGACGUUAACGGGAGGAGCUUGUCCUUUCCCCCUGCAUACAUCAAAGGCCUGAUGCUGUACUUUGGAGCUAGCACUUAAAUGAAACCACAUGGGUCCAAGCCAUACGUUGAUCCGGCUUAGGUCUCGUUUCAAGACGGAAAGAACACUGUAUACUUUUACUAUACUGCAUCAUCUCAUUUUUCUAAGGACAAAAAUCUUUCUUUUUUUGUUCGUUGAUGAAAUGUAAAGACGUGGGUUGCCUGGACUACUGUACUAAGGAUGCGCUGUGUAAAAGGCAUUGAAGCAUUCCGAUGUGCCCACUUCAGAAAGUAUUCUGAUGGUCGUGGAUUAAUGUUGUCAGAAUAUGGUUGCUGUUUCCCCCUUACCCUUCACUGUUACAGGAGGAAGAAAAUAUAUUGUUUCCUAUCAAUUGUACAGUAUUUUAAAGAUGGCAAAACAAUGGUGGAUUUGUCCCGAAGGAAAAAAAAAACAUACACAAAAAAGAAAAAAAAAAAAAGUCAUGCAAAAAUAUUGCUUUUAAUGGAUGGUGCUUGUUUUGUUUGGCUCUGAGUUGUAUAUCACCUCUGUUAUGUUUAUUGAAAACAGACACAAAAAAAAAAAAAAAAAGAUAUUGUGCAUGACGUGUUUAGCAGUCAUAAUUAUCGCCAUUUGUGAAUUGUGUAUCAAAUCAACGAGAAAAAAAAAGGAGGAGAAAAAAAAAAUGAGAAAAAAAGAAAUCGGUAGAUGCACUUAUUGUAAAUGUGGUUAGGUGUAGUAGACUUGGAGUUCUUGACUGCCUUACACGUGUUUGUUUGGGCAGGAAGCGAGAGACAGGAGACAGGACGUAAUUGAAAAAUAAAGGAUUGUAGAAUAAUAUUGAACAUUUCAGAAAAAAAAAAAUGCCGUUCUUUUGAUGCUUGUGAUUAUUGAAGAUGUACUUUAGAGAAAUUUCAUUGAAGAAAAAAAUGACUCUGAUGUUAAUUCUGUAGAAUAGCGAUGUAAACCAAAUGUAAUCUUUCCAAUGCUAUGAAGAAUUUAUACAUGAAAUUGAUAUGCAAUAAAACCUGUGUGCUUUUUAAAUGGAACGCCCACCUUCUUAUGAUGAUUAUUUCUUUCAGCUCGGGAAAUCAAAUUGUUUUGUUUCUAAUGACACCCCUGAGAGGAAGUAUGUUUAGGGUCAAAAGGAAGGGCUCCGAAACUGAGCCCUGGGGCGCCCCCUGCGCGAGAGUGGGACUUGUGAGGGUUUAAGUGGCUCCCUGGGUGAGUACCUCCACUCUCAUCGUCUCUUUUGGUUGGGUUUUAUUCACAAGUGAUGACACUUUUUUGUCCCCAUUAUCCGUGUGGCGCCCCCAAGAAAAUGCCUUACUUGCAUCCCCAGAUAUAA